GAAAAGAUGUCAAUGGCAAUGAUGUACAAGUUAGAGGACGCUGAAGGAGACACCUGGAGUACAAUGACUCCUGACAAAAGAUCACAAUAUGGAUUGAGAUCUCAUAGUCGAGUGUGGUGGAUCAGAGCUGCUGCAGUGGGUCUGGGACUCCUGCUGCUGAUCCUGAUCUUCGGUCUGGUGGCCCACAACGCCAGCUCUAUCGGUCAGCGGAAAUUACUUCUGGAUCACAUGGUGCAGCGUGAAAAGCUGAUUCAGAACCUCACGACAGACAACAACGCUCUGAGAGAUGAGCUGAAGCUGAUGAAGAUUAAUUCCAGCAGACUGACAAAAGAGAUGGAGGUCCUGCAGAGCCAAUACAACACCACGGCUGCGAGUCGAGAUAACUUACAACAGGAGGUCAACAGGUUAAAUGCGACAACAUGUAAAGUUUGUCAACAGGGAUGGGUGAAGUUCAACAACAAGUGCUACUACGCCUCAAAAAAAGGGCAGAAUAAGAACUGGGAGGACAGCAGAGUGGACUGCCUGCGGAAAGGAGCUUCCCUGGUGAUGCCAACGACAAGAGCAGAGCUGGACUUUGUGGUCACACUUUACUCCAGAACCUGGAUCGGUCUGUCUGACAAGAAGAAAGAGGGCACGUGGCACUGGGUGGAUGGAACCGAGCUGCAGACAGCGUUCUGGCAAACCGGAGAGCCAAACAAUGAUGACAGCAACGAGGACUGCGCGGAAAUCUCACGGACAACUGGGGAGUGGAAUGAUGUGUCUUGUAAUACUAGAAUACCGUGGAUAUGUGAGGAUUAAGAUCCAAGAGUUUGUCGUUUAACAGGAAACACAUUUAUAUUCAUACAUAGAAGUUCUACGGCUUCCUGAAUUUUAACUAUAAAUAAAGAUGAUUGGACUCUUUGCACUGCAACCAAAAGUUUUUUUUAGAACUUCUUCUGAUGGAAAUCUGUACAAAAAUAGACAAACUGAUAACAAUUAUUGUGUCUCUUGUAAUUUUAUAUGUUCAUAACAAAAAAGCCCUUCAAAUGUUUUGCUGCUGAUUUGUCCUGAUAAUUUCUUUUA